UGCGGUCAUUGCGGUGUAGUUGCGUUCGACGAGCUGAGCUGCUUGAAAUCUAGAGCCGAUUUCGUCUUGAUAGCUCACGUGCUGGUGAGCUUUUUCCAUAUUUCUGCGGAUUUGUUGCCGGCUUUUCGCAGAAUUCGAGAUUUUGGACGCAACGGUGAUGUUGCUACCCGUCUUCGAGAAGGACCUAGGAUGCCAGGUUUCAUUCGGAGUGGCAUUGACUUUUGUUGGAAGAUCAUAGCGGAGGUUGAACGCGGGGUUUAUUUUGGAUGGUUAUGGAGUUGCUUCCUUUGGUAGACUCUUGGAAGUCGAGAGAGCUCAUGUCGUGAAUUAUACCUUUUUGUUUUAGCUCAUUUGGUAGUGUGGUGGAAAUUUUUGAAAAUAGAGGUUAUGAGAUUUAGGAGGAGGGAUGUUUAGGUUUAAGAUUAGGCAUUAGGAGUCUGCAUGAGAAAAUCGUAUCAGUACAUUUGGGACCACGUCUGGUGAGGCUGAAAUACCAAGUGGUUUCGACGAGAUUGUUGCGGAUGGAAAUUUCGAUUCUGCGAAGAUACUUCCAAUGUACUUGUUUCGAAUUUGCUUGGAGGGGCUGCAAACAAUCUUUGCUACUACGUCCUUGACGAAAAAUACAGAGGAGGUUGUGAGGGAGGGUUUCACAUGAGCAGCGGGAUUCUGCGGAUAUUUUCCUGGGAACAGGCGAGAGUCUGUUAAGUCAAAUCAUCUUGGAUUCAACCCAUGCAUGCAUCACGGCGAUUUUGAAGAAUGUUCAGGUUUACAGUUCCCCAUUCAAACUCUUCGAACCUUGGUCGUCAUACUGGUGGAACAGGCAGAUGAUUUGCCUUCUUCAUACGGAAUGAGCUCGAGGGUGACUUUACUUUUGUGUUCAAUUUAUGCCGGAUCGCAUUCUGGUCAAUCGAACGUGAAUGGUUUGUUCAGGGCAUCUGAGGAGCGCGGAACAUGUGAUUGCAAUGGUCCAGAAGAUAAUCUUGUUGACGAGGGCUGGAACGUGGAGGUCAGACUUGGAACACACAGAUGGUUUUUUAUUCUUAACUUGCUUCUAGGCUGCUCAAGGAAAAAGUGCAGGCAGCAAUGACUUCCAUUCCGUUGUGACAGACGUGUAAGAUUUACAAGAUACUUUUAAAGACUUCCACAGCCAGAACCUCAGAUAAAGUAAUUUCUUUAAUCCGUUACAGAUCAGGAAAGCAUCUUUGGAUGUCCCUACCUAUUGCGAACAACAUGGUGAAAUCCUUUGCAUGUAGGUGAUCUGAAUCCACGACACCUACGCAAAGACUAACUUGAAUUUGGAUGUUUUAACUCGCACAUUCAGGUCUGCCUUGGAUCGUCAGAAGAAGGUUGUCAUCACACAAAAGCUAGAAAGAGUCGUGGAUUCAACGCUUGAAGGUGCUUGAUAUGUUUCACUUAACGCACACUGCUUUCUCUUUGAUUUCUUGGCGGCCCAAUUGCUUAGUUGGACUGUAUUAAAGAGCAUCAAAAACAUGGGAUCGUUAACAGCUCUAGAGGACGUGAAAUGCUUGAGGGACACUCUUCUGAAUCUACUCCAGAAGUAGCCCUGGAGUUGCGAGGUAGUGUAGUUUUUCUUUUUAUUUUUAUAAAAAAUCGGAUUACUGUUUGGGUAUUCUGGGGAACAUUAGCUUCGUUUAAUUUGAACAAACAUGAUGCUUGAUUUAUCAAAUCAGAAUAAAAAGCAUUUUAGAACGA